AGGCGGCGGCGCGGCUCAGUGCAGCAUGAGGCUGGAGGCGUGCGGGGAGCUGCGGCAGCUGCCGGCGGGGGAGAGCCCGGCCAUCAGCGCCGUGAUGUUCGCGGCGGGCGCGCUGGGCAACGUGCUGGCGCUGGCGCUGCUGCUGCGGGCGCGGCGGCGGCGGGGCGGCGGCAAGGGGCAGCGCGGGCCCUUCCACGUGCUGCUGGCCGGGCUGGUGGGCACCGACCUGCUGGGCACGUGCCUGCUCAGCCCCGUGGUGCUGGCCGCCUACGGCCGCAACAGCUCGCUGGAGGCGCUGGGGCCGCGCGUGUGCGGCGGCUUCGGCUUCGGCAUGAGCUUCUUCGGGCUGGCCACGCCGCUGCUGCUGGGCGCGCUGGCGCUGGAGCGCUGCGUGGCGCUGGCGCGGCCCUACCUGUACGCGCGGCUGCGGGGCCGGGCGCGGGCCGGGGCGCUGCGGGCGCUGCCCGCGCUCUACGGGCUGGCGCUGGCCGGCGCCGCGCCGCCGCUGCUGGGCUGGGGCCGCUACGAGCAGCACUGCCCCGGCACCUGGUGCUUCGUGCGGAUGCGGCGCGGCGGCGCCUACCCGCUGCUCUACGCCUCGCUGCUGCUGGCGCUCGUGGCCGCCGUGCUGCUCUGCAACCUGGGCGCCGCCGCCGCCCUGCUCCGCAUGCGGCACCGCCGGCCCGGCCCGCCCGCCGCGCUCGCCCGCGAGAUGGACCACCUCGUGCUGCUCGCCGUCGUCACCGUCACCUUCGUCGUCUGCUCGCUGCCCUUCACGUUCCGCGUUUACGUGAACCAUUUUACCCAGUCCGAAAACUACCAAGAGGACCUCCGGGCGCUGAGGUUUCUAUCCAUGAAUUCAAUCAUUGACCCCUGGAUCUUUGCCAUCCUGAGGCCGCCGGUGCUGAGGUUGAUACAUUCUGUGCUGUGCUGUGAGAUGUCCUGCAAGACCAAAAAGGAGGCGCCGACGCUGGCCGUUGAACAGGCCGAACUCAAUAAGCAGACAGACCUUUGUAGUCAGUAGGCAGAUUUGGCAGAAGACAUCUGGAAGACCAGGGCUCCUCAGGGUAAAAGCAUGCACCAAUCGGUGCUUUCAGGUUGACGAACGACUACAUAUGCUGUCCAACGGACCAAACCGCAGCCGGGCCGAUGGGACUCUGUAGCACCCAUUGGAAAGCCCGUGAGAAGUCCACGUGAUGCGAGCACACGAUGCAGCACGUCAGAACCCCCUUUCGGGACCGUGUCUGAGAAGCUGACAGUAACUGGAUUUGCCUCCUCUAGCUCGGGUACUGUGCGCUCAGCAUAGGAUGCACUGCUGUCUAGCGUGUUUGAAACUGUUCCUGGGAAGCCCAGGUGACACUAUUGCCUCAUGAGACAACUCAGCAGAGGGAUGGAGACACCAAGUGUAGCUGCAGGACAGUGGUUGUAUCACCAAAGCCACUGAGGCCUCAGCUUGCUGUAGCUUAACACACGGUGUAUCCAACUACCGAAACCGAGCUCCUUCCCCCCUGCUGCUACACCUGCCUCAGUCCAUCCUCCCUCUCACCUCACCUUAGGCCUGAGCUUUCUGCCUCUCUCCCAGCUGGACUUGUAGCCUUCACUACAGGGCGGAGGCAGCAAGGGGCUGAUGGUGCCUCAAGCUCACAGCCCAUGUGCCAGGCGGGGGGACACACGGGGUCCUGGCAGCCUGUGAGUGCCGGAGGUGCUCGGUGCUUGUGCAGAGGCAGGGAGGGAGGUUUUCUCUGCUCUUGUGAGGGGCUCCUCUAUCACCCACCACCUUUGUAUCCCUGGGCUAGGUCCACAAACUACAGGCCGCAGGACGUCGCUUGUACGUGCUGGUUCCUGGAGGGGAACCGGCCGCCUGUCUCAGGGGUCCUGGCCUCCGCUGUGGUGCAGGGGGGAGUUGGACCCUCACAAUAGCAUCUGAAGCAGCCGGUACGUGGAGCAGGACGCUGGCACGCAGCCCCAGAGCGAGCCACGGCCCAGUACCCCCCAUGAGCUGGUCCUUACCUCGCACACUCAGACCUGCAAAGUUUCUCCUGAACUGGGGACCCAGCCGGUCCUGUCAGGCAUCACUCACUGCCUCAUCUAACCUCGCUCAGCAUCGGCCCAUGAGCCAGAGCCAUCCCAAUUUUGCAUUCUGGUGUGUGCAGAAAGGUCCUUUCCAUCUCAGGUUUGAUCUUUCUGGCUGAAUGCUGAAUUCUUCUCACCUCCCCUCUGCCUGCCUGUGUGCCCGCCCUGAGCUUCCCUCUGCUAGCACAGGACCCUGGCUUGCUCUGUGCUGGUGCUGGGUCACACAUACACGUCAACCCCUGCCUGCAGGAGGCUAGAUCCUGUGCAAAGAACAGCUAAAUAGUGAAGGCAGCACUUCCUUGCCCGAGUCCUGAACCUGAAUGUGAACCCAUAAACAAAGAUCCAGGCCUACGGUCGAACGAGCUGAAAGGGCAGCUCCAGCAGCAGGUGCCCUUUUUCCACGGACCCAGCCACUGGCAGCUGACUUCAUGCACACACUGAUAUAACUUCUCCCAUGGGCUUUCCACGCUGGAGAUGUGGCUUGGUCUCAUGCUCCGUCCUCACCAGUCUGCUGGUGAUACAGGGGGUGUCCCCUGGCAGCACAGGCUAGGAAGGGACUUCUGGAGCCGGUGUCUGAUGUGACAGGCAGCUGUGUGGGUCUGUAAGAGCCUCCACUCCAGCCCCCUCACACCCCAGGGUCUCCGAGCCCUCGAUAACAGGAGGGCAACCCCCCGCAGUGUUCAGGGAGAGGGCAGGAGAGCAGUCCUACAAAAGCCUUGGCAAUUGCAAUGGCAGGGAAGGUGCUAAGUAUUAGAUUUGGCUCUGAUGACCCUGGGAAGCGUAAACCACCCCAUGCCAGAGGGCAGGAAAAGCCCUCACCAGUCUCUGCUGGUCUGACCUGCAGGGAAUUACCUCCUGACCCAGAGCACAAGAGCAAGCCCCACCACCCAGGGACUAGCUUGUACCUCAGAUGCUCGGCUUGUGAUAAAGGGCAUGGAGGACCUGGGCAGCAGAGGGAAGACAGCCCUGCAUGGGGCGGCUUUGCUCCCCACCCUGCCUUGCUGCGCCUGAUCAGGUCUGGCAGGACAGCAGAGGCCCUUACAGCCCCUCAGCUCCCAGGCUGACCCUUCAAUGUAAAGGACAGGCAAAAACUGGCCCUAAAGACUACGAAAGGCAGGUGCCUUCCCUCUCUUGAGUUUCAGGCUUGUAAGCCAAGGCAAUCCCUGUCUGUUAUGGAGGGCUGGGGGCAGUGUCGGGGCGGGUGAUUUGCUGCUCUUGGAGCCAGCGAUGCUGCCUGGUUGCACGAUCAUUAGUGCGAAGCAGCUCCUCGACUUGUUAGUGUGAAGCAGCUCCUUGCUCCUAUUCUGGGACCUGAAUGAGGGUACGGGAGCACCUGGCUCGUACAGCACUUGUCUGGCUGGCUGGCUCGUCUUGCACAUUAGGAACAGCUUUGAAGAGCAAACGGAGACAUGCCCGAGCUUGGUCCUGGUGCAGAGCCAGCCCAGUCCGCUCUCGGUGAAGCCGCCAGUGCUACCAGGGCAGAACCGGCCCCGUAGCUGCUUGCCUCGCACAGGCCAAAUGGCUGCUGAUGAACAGAGAAUGGCUGGACGCGGUCUACUCCAGCAGCCGGCAUGCAAGCUAGCGUGCCGAGUCCCAGCUCUGUGGCAAUGACGCCAGCUGCUUAGGCAUGCCGCUCUGCAUGGCACAGGCCUUUCCUCGGGGUAUGAGGCCAUGUCGGGAUGGACCGAUGCACAGAAGGCCCCUUCGUGCUCAGCCUGCAUUGCUAACGCUGCUUGGCCUCACAACUGAUAGCAGUACGCAUCGGUGGCAUGGACUGGAACGUGCCCCAUCAUGGCAGGCCACCCCCUUCUCACCCCCACAACCCCUUCACUGCGCACAUCACGGCUUGCCUGUGCCCCCCUCACGGCUUGCCUCUGCCCCCUCUCCUCGGGCAUCUGAACAUCCCAGGGCUGGAAAGCCCGCAGGUUACAUUGAACAGUCAGCUCAUCUCAGCCUUCGCCCAGCAGGGCUAUGACCCCCUAGCCUAUUCUGCUUUCAGUCCAUUCACCCUGGCCCCACUGAGCUCGAGGCAGGCAGAGCGGUAUGGACAUCGGUGCCCGGACAAACCGCGGGCUCUCUGCAUGGAAAAUGGGCUGACCUCUCUCUCUUGCAGAGCGCAAGGCUUAGUCAAUAGGAAAUGAAACGCAGCACUUUCCUUUGCUGACAACUUAUUUUCAUAUUGCGACAUGAGUUGGAACGCUUGAGGGUGUUGCUUUCUGGGGAGAUUUUUAUUUAAAUACAUAAAACCCGUAUGUUCAGGCUGUCAGAUACGCACCGUCUGAUAUGUUUAUUCUUGCCAGUGCUGGUUUGUGUAUCCGGACGUAGUACUCUCUUCCUCGGGAUUUCAGGGUAAAUGCUGCGUUACGUCCACAUGCUAUGCAAUCCCCAUUAAAGGCCAGAGAGCAAAUCCGUCGCUGGUGUAAGAGGCUACAGCUCCACCAGUUCAACUGAGAAUCACCUCGUUUUAUCUCCCCCUCUUCCCUUCCCUGCUGUGUGAUUCUGAUUUGGGCCUCAGAAGCUGCUUUUGCCAGAGAUGAAUUUGCUAACAUGGGAUAGCUGAUGUCAGACGUCUCCGGAGACUGCGUUGCUCCACUUCCUAAUGAAUCUGAAAGCAAUGCAGUGUUUUAUUUCAUUGCUACUUGAUCUUUGUGAUGGGUAUUUAAGGGUUCAAUUACUGCCUGAAAAUAACCAGGCAAAGUCCCAAGCUUUUCCCGUUCCUGUGAUUGAUGCAUAGUAAUAAAAGUCAUCUUUCAAACAAA